CUAAAGUCCUGUUAUUCUUCGCCUUUACUCCAUCCACUUCCACGAUUAACAAUACAAUAAAAACCAAACUGAGAGGAAGAUCUGAUCCGCCGCUUCUGCACCUGAUCACCACUUCUCUCCCGUCCGGCGCCGGAGCUAAAUUUAAUUCCUAAUUACCACCAUCAUGAGGACGCUGGAUCUGCAGCAUCUCAUCUCCGAGACGCAGAAAGCCAAGCUGAAGACUCGACUGAAGGCGCUCCUUGCUCCGGCCGGCGCGCACCACAAGUUUGUAGUCAUCCUCACAGUUUCGGUGUCGGCGCUGUGCGUCGGGAUUAUGGUUCCUCGGGCUGUAGAUGGCAUCGGAUUCUUCGCGCCUCUCGUGAUCUCCACCGGGCUGUGCGCCUUGGUGACCUUGCAUGCGGACUGGCCGAGAAGCUGCUGGCGGUUAACCAGAAAGGCUACAGCGCUCCUGGAAGCCGCCGGCCGGAAGCCCGACGAUGACGGCUCCGCGGUUUGGUCUGCUGCUGCUGCUGCUGCUGCAGAAGAUAGGCACGCCGAGCAUGAGAAUUGGCAGGUUGAUCUCAUGGCCGAGAGUGCAUGGAACGACCACUUUGGACAGUACGCUACAUGGCAUUACGAAGCGGUGGAGCGAUGAACGCGGAGGCUGCAGGAUGCCUGACGUAGAAGAGGUCGUCUUUCCUUGUUCUCACUAGAAAAGCUCUGAAAGUUUUCUCCUGGGAACAGCGUGUAGAAUUCUGGAACCUUGUUGAGAGACUUGGAUGAAUGGCAUACGAGGAGCAUAACAGGGCCCGAACAUGUGGGCCGGCAGAUUGAGAGGUGUGCAGGCAACAAAUAUUCACCGUAGGAGGAUGGGGUAUUUUAAUUAUAUAUAUAUAUAUUAUAAUUUUACAAUUCUUUUGUAUCAUUUUAAAAAGUUUUUUAAAUUAUUUUAAUAAAAGUAUUUUGGUCAUCCAAUUAUGUGUGCACACCCACCCAUGUGCACGUAACCAGCUUCGGUGCCUCAACCAUCAUAGGCUGGUGAUGUGCGUCAUAGGCUGGUGAUGUGCGUCUCACUACAUAUGUCUUGGUUCC